AUGGCCACCAAUUCAUCAUUCAGCAUAGAUCCCCUUCUCGCCCUCCGCCAAUCCCUCCUCUCCAACAACCCCCCACGACCGACAACUUCCUCCUCCCCGACCGACCCACCCACCGACACCGAAACCGACCUCGAUCUCGCCAAAGCCACCCACCUGUACUUCCCGCAUACCCCGAGCAGCAGCAGCAGCAGCCCCCAGAUCAUCCCCCUCAACACCCCGACGCGCUUCGUCUCCAGCACGACAGGCGAGGCCGUCGACCUGCGCAGUAUCUUCUUCGCGUGGCUGAAGAAGGACGUUGCGAUCCCGGAGUAUAUCGCCGAAGCGGAGGGGCUGAACCAGGCCCUCAAGGAGAAGCGGAAGGAUGAUCCCGAGCAGCCUGAAGAAAAGGUCCAGAAUCUGGUGUUCGUCGAGCGACUCGAUCUCCUGACGUGGCUGGAGGGCGCGUCCGAGGAGAGUGAGUACAUCAAGCCUCUCGAAGGCGAGGCCGCUGCCAAGGCGGCCGCGGCCGCGGCAAUGGCUGCUGCUACAGCUGCUGCUGCCGCUGCGGGCGUGGAGAGUAGCGUUGGUGCGCAGGCUCAGGCGUCGGCCAAUAUUGCUUCGGGGGCGGCCGGGGGUGUUGCUACGGUGCCGAGUGGGAGCGGUGCUGGUGCGACGGGAGGGGCUGCUGCGGCUGCGGCGUCUGGGGGUGCUCAGCAGCACGGUAGUCGGGCGGCCAAGGUGAUUGAUCCGAGGUUACAGGAGAUUUACAAUGGGGAGAGGAAGAUGGGGGAUCGGAAUAGUGUGUUGAGGGGGAUUAAGCCGACGGACUUUUCCCAUGUGCGCAAAACUGCAGAAACCAUCUUGGGUCGGAACCGGUCGUCACGAACGGGUCAAUAUCCCGCGGGUGUCACCAAGCCUGGCAGCAAGCCGACCUCCUCCUCCUCUUCUUCUAUGGUGCCGGUGCCCGCGCCGUCCGCCGGUCUCUCGCAACCCCGAAGCAGCAAGAGCAGCUCCAAGACGCAGGAUCCGAUCAUCCUGCUGUCGCCUUCCGCAUCGUCUCUUAUCCGCAUGUCCAAUGUGCGCUCAUUCCUCGAGGAGGGCGUCUUCAUUCCGCCCGAUCACCCCACGCUGGCAACGGGGACGAACAGCAACAUCCUCUAUAUCAAUCGACCCCUGCGCAUCCAAGGCAGCUCCUCUAAUACCCCUCUCCCUCACUCCAGGUCCAGCGCGUCCUCCUCCGGCUCUCGCAAGCCCACUCGCUUCAUCCUGGUGGACAGCACCGCCAACUUCCGGCCGGAUUACUGGAACCGCCUGGUGGCCGUCUUCACCACGGGUCAAACCUGGCAGUUCAAAUCUUACAAGUGGUCUUCUCCGCCCGAGCUGUUCAAACACGCCACGGGUGUCUAUGUGGGCUGGCGCGGGGAGGACAGUCCGCGCGAGGUCCGCAAUUGGGGUCGUGGGGUCCAGAGCUUCUCGGUCGAGAGAUGGGACGAGAAGGGCGGGGUGAACGGGUCCGGGCGGUGGAGAGAUCGCGAGGUCGUCGAGGGCAUUUGGUCGGCAAUUGAGGAAGGCAUGCGACUGAGAGGCUGGGCGGGCAAGUAA